GAGCCAGAGAGCAGGAAUUGAAAUCCACCAGGUUGAAAUCGACCCUGGAUGCUGGUACCCAGGCGGACGGGACCAUGGAUGGGCUCCUGCUAGGAGCAGGGAUGCUCCUGGGCUCCUACGUCCUCAUCUACUAUAACUUCAUCAAAGCCGUGCCCUGUAUGAGCCCCGUCAACCUAAAAGGAAAGACGGCCGUGGUCACAGGUGGCAACACCGGCAUCGGGAAGAUGAUGGCUCUGGAGCUGGCCCAGCGUGGGGCCCGGGUGGUGUUGGCUUGCCGAAGCAAGGAAAAGGGGGAGGCUGCUGUCUAUGACAUCCGAAAGGGUUCGGGGCCCACAGGGAAGGAGGUGGAAGGUGUCCAGGUGUUCUCACCCCUGUCCCUGCACCGGUGUCUCCAGGACAGUGGGAACAACGAGGUCAUCUUCAUGAUGCUGGAUCUGUCCAGCCUAACUUCUGUGCGUUCCUUUGCCACUGCCUUUCUGAGCUCAGAGCCACGACUGGACCUCCUCAUCCACAAUGCAGGGAUCAGUUCCUGUGGCAAAGCUAAGGAAACCUUUAAUCUGAUCCUUCGGGUAAACCACGUGGGUCCUUUCCUGUUGACCCAUCUGCUGCUUCCCCGGCUGAAGGCCAAUGCCCCAAGCCGUGUGGUGGUAAUGGCCUCAGCAGCCCACCGCCGUGGGCACCUGGACUUCUCCCGCCUGGAUCGCCCAGUCUGUGGCUGGCAGCAAGAGCUACGGGCAUAUGCAGACAGCAAGCUGGCCAACGUGCUGUUCACUCGAGAGCUUGCCACUCAGCUUGAAGGCACUGGAGUCACCUGCUAUGCUGCCCACCCAGGUCCAGUGAACUCGGAGUUGUUUCUCCGCCAUGUGCCAGGCUGGCUGCAUUUGUUGUUAUCCCCCCUGGCAUGGCUGGUGCUGAGGACUCCAAGGGGUGGAGCACAGACACCCCUACACUGUGCCCUACAAGAAGGCAUUGAGCCACUCAGUGGUCGAUACUUUGCCAACUGCCACGUGGAAGAGGUUCCCACCUCAGCCCGUGAUGACCGGGCUGCCCGUCGGCUGUGGGAAGCCAGUGAAAAACUGGCUGGAUUGACUAAGGAGGGAACCCUGAACACCAGCCCGCAGCCGGGGUCCCCACAUAGCCCCUUGGCCCAAGUCGCCACAGACUCAGCACCCUCUAGGUUCCGAAACCUAUAGAUUCCAUUGCCCGCUGAGGAGCAGGGCACAUCGAAUCUGUGUAGCUGUGGGUUGGCAGGCUAAGAGCCAGGAUCAUUUCGAUCCACAAAGGGCUCCUAGGCCUGCAGCAGCAACCAUAAAAAGCUGUUAAGCUUCCCUCAGCCGUAGAAGGAGCAGGUUGGAUGAGAGGACCUUGAGGGUCCCUCCCCAACCCAGAUCUGGAUCAUCCACCUACAUAGGUCACAGCCCCUCCUCAAGCUAGCUGAUUAUCUCUAAGAACAACUCACGGUCCCCUGCUCCCCUCACCACACAGGCCUGCACACAUACAGGCACAUGUGUGUACACUCAUAUGCAUAUACACACAUAUACAUUCACAUACACACACACACACACCCCAAUCACCUGGCAGACAGUCUAGAGAUGACUAGAGUUGAACUGUGCCACUCCCAAACCCUUCUGUCUCCAGGAGGCCUUCUGGGCCUCAUCAGACUUUUCAGAGCCUAGACUCUACUUUGCCUUCAGGGAGCGGAGCUUUCAUGGAUGAUGCCAGAAAGGAGGGUGGCAAUUAGGUGUUUACUUCAGGGCUUUGGGAGGAGGUUGGGGGGGGGGGAGGGAAGAAGACAGAAAAUUAUUAUUAAUCCCUCUGGGGUUGGAGGUAAGGAGAGAUGAUAAUUGUGCCCUAGAGGCCCUGGGGAUGGAGGUGACUGGAGGUGGCCCGUGUCCCCCAGAGGCUCUUCGGAUGGGGGUGAUGAGUGAUUUUUAUUUCUUCCCUUCUUGGAGAAGGAGAUACCGAGUGACUUUUAUCCCCAGGGAGGAGGGGGAGGAAGGGCUUCUGUUUUUGCGGGGCCAAUAAAGCCGGGAUUUCCAGGA